AUGCUGGAGCCUCGUCCUCGGAGCCUUUCCCUGGCCCCAGACAGCCAGGCGAAUCCAGCGGCCACGGGGGGCGACCUUGAGCGUUGCUGCUUGCAACUGAAAGCGGCCCGCGACGGCAGCCACGAGGCGUCUCCUCUACUGGGGGAGCAGCGCAACGGCAGCCAUGAUAUCCCCGAGCGCAGCGUGUCAUGGUCCCCGAAGCAGCAUCUGGAAAAGUGGUGGACCAUCUACGUCUGCGCCGUCUUCAUUAUUGUUGUGGAUGUGCCGUCCUUUAUGAGCGAAGGCCCGAAGCUGCGCAUGCUCGAGCUCGCCGCCUGCCUUUGA